AUCCGUUUGGAAUGCCCACUUUCGGGCAUGGAACUUCUAGCAUUCGCACACCAGAUUUUGCGCGGGGUUAAUUAUAUCCAUUCUGCUGGUGUUGUGCUCCAAGACCUCUCACCGGAUAACAUUCUUAUCAGUGAGGCUGGCGCAGUCAAGAUUGCAGGAUGUGGGAACCCUCACCUGUCCAUUGCCUCCGACGGAGAUACCGGUCAGCCUUUGAACCUAUACCAAGCACCAGAAUUGACUCUACGCUACGGUCGUUUGGUAAGGUGUUAUAUUGAGUUGGCGUGCUAACUUAGCCCUACUGACUUCUGGGCAGUCUGCGGCUGCCAAUGUCUGGUCGGUGGGAUGCAUCAUUGCGGAACUAGCGACGGGCCGACCGAUCUUCAGUGCUACUACCCUCCGAAGCCAUGUACGCAGGAUCAUUGAACUCACGGGAU